AUGGAGGCCCCAACCACGAACCCGCCCACAAUCACGGGCAUCAACGCCUUCCGGCCCAAGAACCUGUUGGCGACCUUCAGGGUGAAGAAGGCCAACUUCAAGACCGCCAUUCAGAGCAAGGAGAACUUUAAGCGGUACCUUCGCACGCCUGGAUCCGACGCAGACCCCAGCGGAUCGUACUCAUGGGUCAAUGAUGACUUGCUGCCAUCACGGCCAGAGUCGCGCACCUGGGUGUGGUGGAACUACUUCUUCUUCUACUUCAGUCUGUCCAUGGACAACUGGACUCUCGGCUCCGUCAUGGUUGGAUGCGGCCUCAACUGGUGGCAGUCCAUCAUCAUUGUCUUCUUCAGCCAGCUCGUCAGCUCCAUUGCCAUGGCCUUCAACUCUCGCUCUGGCGAAAUCUAUCACGUUGGAUACCCCAUCAUCUCCAGAGCCGUCUUCGGCACUUGGGGAGCAUACUAUGUGGUCUUUGCCAGAUCGGUCCUGGCCAUCGUGUACUACGCCAUCAAGCUGUACGUUGGAUCGUCAUUUGUCGUCAAUAUGUUGACCGCAGUAUUUGGCGACUCUUACCGAAACAUCCACAACGCCAUUCCCGAGUCGGUGGGAAUGAGCACGAAGCAGUUCAUUGCCUUUUUCCUCUAUUGGCUCGCACACAUCCCCUUUACCCUACUCAGGCCAUACCAGUUGCGCUGGGUCUUCACGCUGAAAAUGAUGACCGUGGUCCCAGCCUGCUUUGGAUUGUUCAUCUUCUGCAUGGUCAACACCAAGGGAGUUAUUGGACCGGGCAUACCUGGGAUUCGAUCCAGUUCGUCCAGCUUCGCUUGGUUUGUGGUGUAUGCCUUUAACAGCGGACUGGGAAACACGGCAAACAUCAUUACGAAUCAGCCGGAUUUCUCUCGCUGGGCCAAAUACCCGUACGCCUCGGUGUGGUCGCAGCUGAUUGCCAAUCCCAUCAGUGUGACCAUCAAUGCUUCCCUGGGCAUUCUGGCCACCUCGGCCAUCAACCAUGCUUGGGGCCUGGAGCUGUGGAACCCUUGGGAUCUGCUGGACGCCAUCAUGGCCAGGUACCCGAGCUCUUCGGUCCGCUUUGCCAUUUUCCUUUGUUCCACUUUCUGGGCCCUGUUGGUGCUCGGAACGAACAUUGCUGCGAACAUGAUUCCGUUUGGUUCCGACGCCACCAUGCUUUGUCCCCGAUACAUCAACAUGCCCCGAGGCCAGUUUCUCGGGCUGUGCCUUGCGUGGGCUGUCAAUCCCUGGCAAAUCCUGCGAUCAGCCGAGGUCUUCCUGAACUUCCUCGGCGGCUACAUCAUCUUCAUGGCAUCUGCGGUCGGCGUCAUGGUUGCCGACUACUACUUCCUGACCAACGGGAACAUCUUCCUGAAGCAUCUGUACGACGGGGACAAGAGCAAUCCCCACUACUAUUAUACCAAAGGAUGGAACAUCCAGGGAUACAUCGCGUACAUUGUAGGGGUGGUGAUUCCCUUCCCCGGCUUCUGCGGCUCUCUCGGCGCCAAUGUGUCGCAGACGGCCAUGAACAUCGGCCAUCUGGGCUGGUGUCUCUCCUUUGUGGUGUCGAUUGUGGUCUAUGUGCCUCUGUGCUAUUUCUGGCCCACGAAGAAUCAGAAGUUGAUCAAGAGCAUGAAUCUGAAAUUCGAAGAGACGGCCGGGGAAGAGCUGGAUCCGGCCACGCUUCCACAUUCCCACGGAGCCUUGAUCCACGGGCGAGAAGUCGAGGUGGAACCCAAGAAUGCUGAUGCUGCCGAGUCUGCGACGGACAAGGAGGUGGAGGAGGUUACCAUGGUCGCCACCAAGACUGCUUGA